GACUACUGUUUCGCGGUGACAGAUGGAGCACACUGAGAGAGUAGAGUUAUCAUACAAAAAAGCAGUGUGAUAAGUAGUGAAUUAUUGUAACUUAUUUAGUGUCUCGAUUAAAAUAUUAAUUAAGAUGGCUAUGCGAAAUUUGACAGAACCAUUUAUCUUAAUGCGAAAUAAUGCUUUACAAAGCAAGCACAUAUACGCCGAACAAAAUUUGUCUGAUCGAAUGGCACUAGUGGCUUCAGAUUCUGGCAUUUCAGACAAUGUCGAAUUAAAAAAUGUUAAUUUGGAAAGUAAUGCACCACCUGUAUGGACAGAUGCCUUAGAGGAGACACAAUACAUUUUAAGUAGAUUACGUGUUAAAAUAGACAGUUUAGUAGAAUUACAUGCUAAACAAUUAACGAGGCCAACAUUAGAUGAUACAUCGCAGGAAGAAAGACAAAUGGAACAACUGACACGAGAAAUAGGACGUGCAUUUUCUAGUGGUUAUCAUCAAGUACAAACCAUAAAAGCUGCAGCAUCGCAUGCUGCUAGAUCAUCAGAACGCCAAUUAGCCAUAAGCGCCGUAAUGGCUCUUUCAACAGCUUUACAAGAGCUGAGUCUUCAAUACAGAUUGGCUCAGAAUCACUAUUUAACACAGAUUAAGUCAAGAGAAGAGAGAAGUAACCAAUUUUUUACAGAAGAUCAAUCGAUAUUUUUAAAUAAUGCUGCAACGGAUACAUGGUUAAUGGAAACAAAUGAAGUGAAUUCAGAUGUGUGGAAAACUAAUGAACAGAAACAAGAUUCCGUACUUUUACAGUUAGAAGAUUUCGAAGACAGAAUGAAAUUAGCUUUAGGAAGGGAAGAACAAAUUGGGAAUAUAGUAAAAAGUAUAGCAGAUCUCAGGCAUAUAUUCAAGGAUUUAGCAAGUAUGGUGCAGGAUCAAGGCACUAUUUUGGAUAGAAUUGAUUAUAAUAUUGAACAGACACAGAUACAAGUACAAGAAGGUUAUAAACAAUUGAAAAAAGCAGACUCUUAUCAGAGAGCUAAUAGAAAGUUGUAUUGUAUUUUCGUGCUCGCAGGAGCUAUUAUUCUAGUAACUUUUCUUUUUAUCGUAUUUAAAACAUGA